AAAUUUGGCUAUAAAACCAAAAAUCCAUAAAGACCUCAAGAAAUAACUUAAAGAGUUCAACAAUGGCGAAUCAUCCACUAUCUUCUUCUCGAUCCAACCGACCUUUUUUCGUCAGAUCACUUGCUGGACACACCUCAAAUCUAGUAACCUCUCUCUGUCUCUCUCUCUCUCUCUCAACUUACCAAGAAACUCAAAUUUAGUUGUCACUGUUGUUGCAGAUAAUUCCUGAUGAGUUUUUCACUGCUCACUUAGAGGGUAAAACUGGCUUAACGAAAUUGAAACUGACUUCUGAUGCUUCGGAUAGAAUCUGGGAUGUGAGACUGAACGGCCGGAGAUUCGCCGGCGGCUGGGAUGAUUUCUCCGCCGCACACUGUCUUCGAGACGACGACGUUUUGGUUUUCAGACUCGACGUGAAGAUGGUUUUCCACGUCACACCUUCCGGACGCAGUUUCUCACAGAUACGUACAUCUUCUAGCUCCGGCGACUACGACAGUGAUGAUGAUGAUGAUGAAGCAGGGGACGAUGAUUCAGAUUCGAAGAACAUUUCGUUGAAGAAGAAAUCAAGAUUUGAAGCAGAGUCUUCUUCAUCGGAAAAAUAUUGUCUUCUCGGCCUCACUGCUUCCAACCUACGCCUAAAUCGAGUGAGUUUUACAAAACAUUUUUCGAGAGCAAAUGGUUUGACGAAGAGAUGUUGUAUGAUUGAUCUAAUGAAUCUAAGUGGGGAAUCAUGGACUCUGGGUCUGCGACACAACAAAAGAACUGGUCAGGCUUUUAUCCGUGGACGCUGGAGAAGUUUCUGCCAUGCAAAUGAGCUGAAACCCGGAUCGUUCUACCGGUUUAAGCUUGUCCGGAAUGGGACAAGGCCUUUGCUACAAUUGUGUUUUAAAGUUAUUCCACAAGGAAACUGUUCCAAUUCCAAAGCAAAUGGAAAAGCUAAUGUUUCUGAAAAGUAUAGCAGGGAAGAUGGGAGUGCUUCAACGAAGCAGAACAAGUUUCUGACAGUAACCUUGAAGCAUUACAUGAUCCAGUCAGGGCAACUUCGUCUCCGGAGAUCAUUUGUGAGGGAGAACGGGAUCAAGGAGGCUGAAGAGAUAAUUCUAGUGGACAAAAAUGGAGUAGAGUGGCCAUCCUAUGUAUCUUCUUCCAAACAACGAAGAGAGUUUUACAUGGCACAUGGUUGGAUUAGGUUUUGUGAAGCCAAUAAGUUAAAGACGGGAGAGACCUUCACGUUGGAGUUUGUUCGAGGAGAAGGCACAACUCCUAUGCUCAAGUUCUGCUCCGAGGCCAAGGUCAAGAUAGAGCAAGAAGAGGCUCCAGAAGAGAGGGGGACUCCGUUACCAAAGAGAGCUCGAGUGUCUGCAGAAGUAGGACACUCUCGUCGCACUCAGGCACCAAACAAAUCCAGUGACGAUCCAAAAAUCUUGCAGCGCAAGCAACCACUUCAACCCUGCUCAUUCUCUGAUCAAGCGAAAAAGGUGAAACAGAGUAUUGUAAACAUUCUAACUGGUAUAAAACGGUUUCGGUCAGAGCUUGAGUUAAAGGAGCGGAAUUUAGAAGCUGCGCUGCUGGAAAUCGACGCCUUAGGGGAUAAAGUAUCGGAAAUCAACAAAAUCCUCAAGUAAUCAUCAAGUCUAGAAGGGAAGUGAAGAUUAGGAAAUGGAACAUGAACUUUUGCAAAUCUUGUUAGUAUCUGCCAUCUGGAACUCGUUCAACAAUCAAGACAAGUAGUUUCUUUAGUAAAUGAUAUAUGAUUUACGUGUUUGUGAAAAUCGAAACUCUGUAGUAAAGCUGAUUUCUAAAUAGCCUUUGGACGUGAGAUUGUUUAAAGGGAUCAGUUUGAUUGUCUAACGAUAAGAUGUGUGCUUGUGGGAUGAUUGGUAGGUAGUAGAAAAGUGAAUUGAGAAUCCAAAAAAAAUAAUAAUUAAGGUCAGUUUUAUAGACCUAUCAAAUUUCAAACGUGACAGUGGUGGCCCCCACCUUACUGAC